UCGCUACACUACCUUGCUUUAAAAGCUCAAGUUACAACUUCGAUGUGCGGACGAAGUUUUGUUCUUCAGUUUUACCAUGUUUCGAGGGAAUCCGUAUGAGCAAAGAGAAUACCAAGGCUACUACGGUCAGCAGUACCAGCAAAAUUACGACCCUAGAGCUGUUUACAAUGCGCCAAGUGUACCACCACCUCCCCCUGGUGCUUACUAUAAUCAAUAUGAUACACCGGCUGUAAAUCCAAACUCACGUCCUUCUCAGUACGGAGGUUAUGACUCUUCGGGACCUUCUUUGAAUCCGCAAGCAGGCCACAUCGACAUCGCAGAUGCAAACUCUGGUGGCUAUGCCCCUCCCUCGGCUCCUCCUCCGAAUACGGCUUCAAAUUCCUACGGAAAUACUGCGUACCAAGGUCCGUCGCUGCCUCCGUCAAAUCCGAUUUCGUACUCUGCUGAGGGACAAGGACACAAUUAUCAGUAUUCUACAUGUCAGGGAAAGCGUAAGGCUCUGUUGAUUGGUAUCAACUACAAGGGUACCAACAGCCAACUGAAUGGUUGCAUCAAUGAUGUUCAUUCCAUGUCUCAAUUGCUUAUACAGCGUUACGGAUACAAGGAAGACGAUAUGGUAAUUAUGACCGAGGAAGGAAACCAUCCUCGCAGUAUACCCACUCGUCAAAACAUGAUUGAUGCCAUGCAUUGGCUUGUGAGUGGAGCUCAACCAAACGACGCCCUGUUCUUUCAUUACAGUGGUCACGGAGGACAAACGAAGGAUUUGGAUGGUGACGAGGUCGAUGGUUAUGACGAGGUCAUCUACCCUCUUGACUACGAGAAAGCUGGUCACAUUGUAGACGAUGAAAUGCACGAUAUCAUGGUAAAGCCCCUUCCUAUCGGUUGCAGAUUGACCGCCGUGUUUGAUUCUUGUCACUCUGGUGGUGCUUUGGAUUUACCCUUCAUGUACUCAACCAAGGGUGUGUUGAAGGAGCCUAGCAUGUUAGAGGAGGCCGGAAUGGGCCUGCUCAACGCUGGUUUAUCAUUGAUGGAUGAUGACUUUGACGGAAUGAUAGACGGCAUUACGAGUGCUAUAACGACUGCUACUUCUGGUAACAGUGAUGCACUUGAGUAUUCUCGUAAAACCAAGUACAGUCCUGCCGAUGUUAUUUCCAUUUCCGGUUGCAAGGACUCGCAAACAAGUGCCGAUACCAGCGUCAAUGGUUUUGCAACCGGUGCACUGUCUUAUGCUCUUCGUCAAGUGUUGACCCAAUACCCCCAAUUAACCUACCUUCAGUUGUUGCAACAAGUGCGUGAGGCGCUUCGUGGCAAGUACACUCAACGUCCGCAGUUGAGUUGCAGUCAUCCACUGGAUGUCAACUUGGCCUUUGUGAUGUAGCGUGUUGGUUCAUUGCUCAUCUUUUAGGACCUUAUCUUAGUAAAUUACGAAUUAAAUUCGUGCUUCUUUUUGGUGUUAUAAACGUAAAAGACAUUGUCUAAAUGCGAUUUUGUUUAUUGAGUCUGUGAUAGUUACAAAACUUAGAUAUGGAUACGUGAGGAAAUUCAUGUAUUCGUUGACACUGCGUAUAGUUUCUCUAUGGCUCGGUCAUACCGUUCUCUGCAGGUCUAAACCACUCACGGGAGAGACAGUCCUUUACAUCAUUUGCAAUAGAAGCGGCCUUGUCAUGGGAUUCGGCGCGAGCGCAAAUAUAGUACUUCAACUUGGGUUCCGUACCACUUGUACGAAUAGUGAAAAUGAC